AUUGAAAUGUUUGGUUCAAUUUGUGGGAAUUUGAAAUUUUUAUUGUAGCGUUUCAAAAGAAUGUACACAUCGCUUCAAUAGCGUUGUUAAACUUGAUUUCCGAGGUAAAACUUACAGUCGAGGACAAAGAGAAUGAGAGAAUGAUUGAAACCAGUCCUAAUCUUAGGAAAAGGGUUUCUGAACAUAGCCUCAAGUGCUUGUUUGCUUAUAUUAAAGGUGAAGAACGCAUCCUUUGAUUGAGCACGUGCAAUUAUGCUAACGAAGUAGUUAAAUUACACAGAGUAUUGAUGGAUGUUCUAUUUUAUCUCGCAGUCAACAUGGUUAUCAGGCAUUGUGUACACGCUUGCUUGUUAGACAACCCUUGGGUUCCCAUAAAACAACAGCUGUGAUCAACAAUUAAUAUAGUGCCUGAACCAGCUACUACCCACAGUUCUCCUGCAAUCAUCGAAGAGUUGACUCAAUUUAAUACACUUGUCAGCUCGUACCAGGUUCGAUAUACCCUGGCGGCUAAAAUAAACUCUGACUGAAAGGUUUAUGUGCUUUGAGAAACAGUUUACGCAAUCUGGUUAUAAACAGUUUCUACUUACCGCUACUUUGGAACACUUCUCUCCUCUUCGCUUUACAAGUUGUUCUUUGAGGAGUCCUUUGGUAUAUUCGCAGCCGACGAUCAUGGCGCAUUCACAAAAACUAGCAUUAGGAAUAGAUCUCGGUACAACUUCAGUUAAAGUAGUCGUUGUGUCAACUGAGACCAAACAGAUUGUUAGUAAGCAGUCCAAAGAUACGCAGGCUAAUGUACCUAGUGAUCUGGGUGUGGAAGGAAACAAGCAGGAUGUACCGAAAAUUCUAUCCGCAGUCCACAGCUGUGUAUCACGCAUUCCAAAAGAUUUGCUUCGCCAGGUGGUUAAUAUCGGAAUUUGUGGACAAAUGCAUGGUGUGACGUUUUGGAAAUAUUCGUCGGAGGAGGAUAAUAAGGAGCACGAUGGGGUAUUUAAGUUGGAAAUUUGUCGAGAAAAAGUAUCGCCGCUUUACACUUGGCAAGAUUCACGCUGCGAUCCAAAAUUUCUGGCAUCUUUGCCAGCGUCAAAAAGUCAUCUAACUACUCACUCUGGUUACGGCUGUGCUACUGUAUUCUGGUUUGCAAAAUACAAACCUGAAAAGCUGAGCAAAUACAAUAGAUGUGGUACAGUUCAAGAUUUGUUGGUGGCUCUGCUUUGCGGUCGUAGCGAAGUAGCGAUCAGCACACAAAAUGCAGCUAGCUGGGGAUAUUUCUUAACAGAAGAGUCACGUUGGGAGAUAGAUGUCUUGUCUCAACAUGAAUUUCCUACACAUAUUUUACCGAGUAAAAUUUUACAGCCCGGACAAGCGGCUGGCUGCUUGGAGCAAACGUGGUUUGGAAUUCCUGCUGGUACACCAGUAGGUGUUGCUUUAGGUGAUCUGCAGUGCUCUGUUUAUGCCUUAUUAAAAGAUCCAACAGAUGCGGUACUGAACAUAUCAACUUCAGCGCAACUUGCAUACGUUGAUCCAUUUUUCAUUCCAAAACAGUCAGGUGAAACAGCAAAAAUUCAACAUUUUCCAUAUUUCGAGGGAAAGUACUUGGCAGUAGCUGCAUCUUUGAACGGAGGUAAUUCUUUAGCUACAUUUGUAAGAGCAUUACAACAAUGGAGCAUGGAUUUAGGCUUCUCAAUACCACAAUCUAAGGUUUGGGAAAAGUUAAUAACUCUGGGGAAAGAGGACACGGCCAUUUCUGAUUUGGAAAUCGUGCCUACUUUGCUUGGUGAACGCCAUGCUCCCGAACAUACAGCUAGUGUGUCUCAAAUAACGCUAGACACCUUACAACUUGGCCAGAUAUUCCGUGCACUUUGUUCUGGGGUAAUAAAAAAUCUUCAUAAUAUGAUGCCGCAGGAAGUAUUGCAAAAGGCUGGAAUCCAGCAAAUUGUUGGUAAUGGAUCGGGUUUGGUCCGGAAUUUAGUGUUGCAAAAGGAAGUGUUGCGAUGGUACCAGUUACCAUUGGAAAUAGGACAGUCGGGAGAUGCAGCUCUCGGAUCAGCUCUUGCAGUGAUUAACCAUAACUAGAAAACUAGCGAAGCUACAGACUCUAAGCCCUGAGUAACACGUCGCCAAACGUAAUAUGACCUUCUUUUUGAGUCUCAAA